AUGCCUGAGCCCGACCGCAACUCCCUCAGCGCCGGCCGCGGGCUCCACCGCGACGGGCGCAAGGGCUGGCCCGACCUCUGGCUGCUCCCGGGGAAGCCGCCGCACUCGCCCGCCGCGGCCAUGGCCCCGCCGACCCCGCCGCCGGACCGCGCACCCGACCAAACCCUAGCCUUCUCCGACGAGCUCCUCCUCCGCGUCCUCGCUUACCUCCCGGAGCCCCACCUCACGGCCUCCGCCUCGCUCGUCUGCAAGAGGUGGACGCGCCUCUCCGGCCGCCUGCGCCGCCGCCUCGCGGUGCGGGACUGGGCCUUCGUCACGCACCGACUCCCCUACCGCUUCCCCGACCUGGCGGUCCUCGACCUGUUCCCGGCCUCCAUAGCCGCCCCGGCCGCGCCGUCUCGGGCCUCCCCCGUCCUCACCUGCGGCGCGGUCUCGCUAACCCUAGACCUCGCCGCGGACCCGCCGCUCGGCGCUUGCCGGUUCCUCGCCGACGAUGUGCUCGACAGGGGCCUCGCCGUCGUUGCCGCCAGGUUCCCUAACCUCCGGCGCUUAUCGGCCACAGCAGCGUCCGAGUCCGCCGGCCUCAUGGAUAUCGCCGGAGGCUGCGCCACGCUGCAAGAGCUUGAGCUCCACCGGUGUACUGACCUCGCGCUCCGCCCGGUCUCUGCCUUUGCGCACCUCCAGAUCCUCCGCAUUGUUGCCGCCUCCUCGCCGCUGUAUGGCACGAGUGAAGAUGGCGGGGUAACUGACAUCGGCCUCACCAUCCUCGCCCAUGGCUGCAAACGGUUGGUUAAGCUGGAGCUUGUGGGUUGCGAGGGCAGUUAUGAUGGCAUUGCAGCUGUUGGGCGGUGCUGUGCGAUGCUGGAGGAGCUCACCAUUGCUGAGCACAGGAUGGACGGCGGGUGGCUUGCUGCUCUAGCUUUCUGUGGCAACCUCAAGACCCUGCGGCUUCAGGGGUGUGCCAGGAUUGAUGAUGAUCCUGGGCCUGCUGAACAUCUUGGCGCCUGCCUCACGCUCGAGAGCCUGCAAUUGCAUCGGUGCCAGCUACGUGACCGCCACGCCCUCCAUGCUCUCUUUUUGGUCUGUGAGGGUGCUCGCGAGUUGCUGGUCCAGAAUUGUUGGGGCCUUGAAGACGACAUGUUUGCGUUGGCUGGCCUAUGCAGGAGAGUGAAAUUGCUGUCCUUAGAAGGCUGCUCAUUAUUAACAACUCGAGGUGUCGAAUCUGUAGUCACCUCAUGGAAUGAUUUGCAGAGUCUACAAGUUGUCGCGUGCAACAAAAUAAAGGACGAGGAAAUGACUGGUGCACUCUCAGAGCUUUUCUCUAAUCUCAAAGAGCUGAAGUGGAGGCCCGACAACAAAUCUCUCCUGGCGGCAAGCCUAGUGGGCACUGGAAUGGGAAAGAAGGGCAGAGUAUUUUUCAAAAGGAUUUUACCGGGCCAUCAACGAGUCAAGGGCAAGGUGCUCAACUAUCCAGCGGGUGUUGCUGCUUAG